AUGAAUAUUUUCGAAGAAAAUGAAGGGCACGAAAUGGGGUUCCAACCAGAUGGCGGCCUCCACCAUGAUAGCGGCCGCCAGCAUCAUAGCGGCCUCAACCUUGAAGGUGGCUUCCAACCCGAUGGCAACCUCCUUGUAGAUAACCCCAAUCACGAAGAAGCGGCAUUUCCCCCCAAUAGCAUGAGCAGCCAUAAUUCGAAGAACCAACGUCAACUAAGUGAUUCCCAUCUGUUCCUAACAUUGAAUAACAAUUUUGCACCCAGCAACAACUGCAUUUCGCAGGAACCCAUUUUAGAAGAAAGCGAAGUGAGAGCCCGUCAGUGGAAGUACCCGGGCCCCACUUCGCAGGAUCUGUUACAUUGCUAUAAGGCGGAGGACCAUCAAGGCGAAAAGAACUAUUUGUACUCUCUUCGCAGUGAAAAAAACGAGGCACCUUCCAUCGAAAUGACCUACGAUGGAUUCCUAAAUGACAACAACUACUGCAAGUCUAGUAUGUCCAUGAAUUUUACUGAUCUCUCGGACGACUGCGGUGGGGGUUCUGCUCCUCCGGGGGGGAAAGCAACCGACAACGCGGAUACCCCUGUGAACGGAGAGGCUAACGUGGAUAGAGGGAACGGGAACAAUACCGAUGAGCAGCGUGACAAUCAGGAGAGUGACCCGAAGGUGGAUGUAGAUGGUGAGGCGAAUAAGAACGAUGAAACCAAUGAACAUGUGGAAGCUAAUCGAAACGGAAAGGUCCCCCAAGAUGGACACAACGGGAAGGACGACAAGCCAGAUGACAACAACGGAGGGGGAAACGGAGGAGGCAGUGACAGUGAGGGGGAAAGAGAAGGUAAUGUCAGUAAAGAGGCAGAACAAGGGAGUGACAGUAAAGAGGCGAAACAAGGCAGUGACAGUGAAGAGGCAGAACAAGGCAGUGACAGUAAAGAGGCGAAACAGGGCAGUGAAAGUGAGGAGGAAAAACCCCAUAAGAACAACUGCGCAACGAAUGACGGUGGUGAGAUAAAUGACCGCGAUGAUAACCCUCAGGCAAACGAAGAAGGAGAAAAAAAUGGCCAUGAGGAGGAAGGGAUGGAUGAUAGCGUCAAUGCGGAGAAGGCUGCCCCAGUGGAAGAAGUUACUCCAGUGGAGGAAGUCACCCCAAUGGAGGAAGUCACCCCAGUGGAGGAAGUCACCCCAGUGGAGGAAGUCGCCCCAGUGGAGGAAGUCGCCCCAGUGGAGGAAGUCGCCCCAGAAGUCGCCCCAGUGGAGGAAGUCGCCCCAGUGGAGGAAGUCGCCCCAGUGGAGGAAGUCGCCCCAGUGGAGGAGGUCACUUCAGGAGAUGCCCCCGCCGUGGCGGAGCUCCAGAGUCAGAUAACGAAGCUAAAGGAGGACAUAGAAAAUAUGAAGAAGGAGAAAAUAAACCUACUGGCCAAAUUUAAGGCGUACACAUUGAAUAAGAAAAGGGAGAUAGAACGGUUGGAGGGGGAGUGCAAAGGAAGGGGGGAGGAAGUUAGGAAGCUGGAGGAGGAGUGCAGAGGGAAGAAAAGUCAAAUUGAGCAGCUUAAGGAAGAACUUGCGCAUCUUAAGGACGAACUAGAAAGACAUCGAGAGGAGAUUAAAAAAGAGAAGGAACUGGAGAAGGAACUGACGGAGGAAGUGGAGGAGCUGAGGAGAAAGUGCAACGUCUUCACCACUCAGCUGCAGGAAGCGAAGACCCACGCGGAGGAGGCGAAAAGAUUGCAGCGAGAAAACGAUUUCCUAAAGGUCCAGAUAGAAGAAGAACACGAAAAAGUGGAGAAGCUCCAAAGUAUCGUUGCUCAGCAUGGAGCGGACUGGAACAAAUUGAAGUUGGAUCUCCGGGACAAAGAUGUGUUGUUUCUCUUUUCCACUGAGUCGAAUCGUCUUGUCUGUUUCACCAAAAAUGGAGAGUAUCACAUCGUGCCGGAGGAAUUGUUCAGGCAGAGUUACCCCACUGUGAAAGUGCCGACAUGUCUGCAGGACGAACACCUAAACGAGUUAGGGGAGCAGAAAAAGGAGCAAGUUCUUCAGGUGGAGAAAAUUGCAGAGGAGAAGAGGCGCGUCGAAGAGGAGAAGAAGCAGAUGAUGGAGGAGAGAAAUCUAAUGGAGGAGGAGAAGACCCGCAUCGAAGAGGAAUUCCUCGCGUAUAAGAAAAAAGUAACCGCCCUGAUUAACGAGACAAACGAAAGUUGGAAAAAUAUAGACGAGAAAAAUGACACAAUACAAAGACUGAAUAACUCCCUCCUGAAAUACGAACAAGACAUUGAGUCAUACAAGAAUGAAGUGUCUUCCAUGACGGAAAAGUACAAGGCGCUGGAGGGACAAGUUUGUAGAGAGAAAAAUAUGAGGGAGAAACAGGAUGCUGUCAUAGCUGACUUGAAGAAACAGAUGCAGAAGGAGAGGGCGGAAAUAAAGAGAAAGUGCAGGGAACAGUUUGAUGAGGAAUGUCAGCAGAAGGUUAACGAGAUGAAGGCCAUUUUCAGUGAGAAGGAGGCGCUGCUGCAGAACAAGAUCCAGUUGCUCCUCCACCAGGUGGAUCGGAUGGUCUUCUCCAGCGAGGAGAAGUCGAAGGUGCGGCGGGAGAAGCGGUCAGAGCAAUCCGAGACGUCAGAGCGGUCAGAGACGUGCGAGAUGUUUGAGCAGUCGACGCCGCCAGGCCAACCGCUCCCCCCCCGGGGAGAUGCCGCGGGCGACCUGAGUCGCUCCACCACUGGAGAGAAGUGGCGAAGUGGAGGGGUCCAGGAGAAGAAGGACUUCCAAGAACUGACCCGCUCAGAGAUUGACAGCGAGGGGCACGUCGACUCCGAUCUCAAAAAAAGCAACAAAAGGGAAGGCUUCUCCCACUGCGAUGCUGUCAACCGAUGCGACGCCGCCUCCCACUUCGAGAAGGACAAAAAGGAGGAUGGCACCAAGAUACCUAUAUAUCCAAAUGAAUACAAAAAAAUCAGGAAAAAACUCGAUACAUACGAACUGGUGAUUAGCGAAGAAAAGAAGGACAAAAAGAACCUCUUAGAACACAUUAACGCGCUGACUAGCCAAAUAAAGAUCUAUGAAUCCAUUAGUGGGAACUACGAACACGUCUUGUAUCAGAAGAACAUCUUGCAAAACUUUAUCGCGCAGAUCCCUUCUCAUAUCAAAAUUGACGACUAUGUUUCGGUUAUUUACAACACCUUUAACUUCUCCCCCCAGGAGAUCGAGCUAAUAAAUACCAAGCGUGCUAAGCGCUGA